AUGGACCAUCUGGCGCCGCUUUUCCAGGAGAUGUCGUGUCGAGGAGAAUUCCCGCUGGAUUUUAAGGAAGUCACAAUUGUCUAUCUCUAUAAGCGAAAGGGUAAUCGGCAGCUCUGUGAUAACCACCGAGGCAGCUCUUUAAUGAACAUCGCGGGGACAAUCUUCGCGCGCAUUAUUCUCAACCUCCUGAACGACCAUCUGAAACAAGUUCUUCUACCGGAAAGCCAAUGCGACUUCCGCCGUCAUCGUGGGACCACAGACAUGAUCUUCGCUGCCCUCCAACUUCAGGAGAAUUGCCAGGAGAUGCGGACCCACAUCAACUUUACCUUCGUGGAUCCGGCAAAAGCCUUCGAUGCGACGAAUCGUGAAGGACUGUAG